AUGGCCCAAAGAGUGUUCCUUCGUACAAGCCGGGGCCUGGCGCUCACUCCUCGCUCACUGCAGAUCACCCGCCCCUUCAGUACUGUUCUCGAUACCCCAGUCGACCCAGGAACUCAGCAAUUACGCUCUGUAGCCCGGGCAGGCUCCGUCUUUGAGAAUGCACUCAAUGCAAGUGCCCCCAGGACCAACUGGACAAAGGAGGAGAUCUCCGAAGUCUACAACACUUCACUGAUAGAUCUCACAUAUGCAUCGUCAUCCCGUUACGAUACCGGUCUGAAAGCCACAAAACUAUCUUCGGUUGAUUCCGUCCUGGAAGCUGCGCGAAUUGCUAAAGAGAAUGGGAGCUCAAGAUUCUGCAUGGGCGCUGCCUGGAGAGACAUGCGAGGCCGCAAGACGAAUCUUAAGAACAUCAAGGAAAUGAUCAAGGGCGUGCGUGGCAUGGGCAUGGAGGCGUGUGUUACCUUGGGCAUGGUCGAUGCUGCGCAAGCAAAGGAACUCAAAGAUGCUGGACUGACUGCAUACAAUCAUAAUGUUGAUACUAGUCGAGAGCACUACCCAAGUGUCAUCACAACUCGCACGUACGAUGAGCGACUCAACACCAUCAAGAACGUUCAGGAAGCUGGCAUCCACGUAUGCACUGGUGGUAUCCUUGGUCUAGGGGAGAAGGCUCGUGAUCAUGUCGGACUCAUUCACACCGUUGCGACAUUGCCCGCCCAUCCUGAGUCCUUUCCAGUCAACGCCCUGGUUCCAAUCAAAGGCACUCCACUUGGAGAGACCGAGGCGAUCUCCUUCGACGCCAUCCUGCGAACCAUCGCCACUGCGCGUCUAGUCAUGCCAACAACCAUUAUCAGACUAGCAGCUGGUCGCCACACGAUGCGCGAGGAGAAACAGAUCAUGUGUUUCCAAGCGGGUGCCAACGCUGUCUUCACUGGCGAAAAAAUGCUGACUACUGCUUGCAAUGGUUGGGAAGAGGACAAGGCCAUGUUUGGUAGAUGGGGACUCAGGCCUAUGAAGAUAGAUGAGACGAUUGGAGAGAGGCGCAAGCUUCCUGGACAGGAUGAGGCUGAGGCAGUUGUUGCUGCUGCUGAAGCGGAGGCAACGGUUCAGGCACUUGCCUAA